AUGAAGCUUUUCAUCCGAAAAGAGCCCCGGUCGCUAGCUCUUCUAUCCAACGGAUAUGUUCUUGUCCUAGAAAAGUCCAGGAUAUCGCAGUCUCAACAAGAAAGCAAGGGCGGCCAGCCAACUGCUGUCGUUGAAUCGAUGCAUGAGACCUCAUUAAGCGACCAUGGGUUUGUGGAAGUUAAAACAAGCAUGUUCAAUGGUCUUUUAGGGCUUAUAUGUGUGAACAACUAUCUGUUUCUUGGCCUCAUUACCAAUGUCCAAAAAGUUGCCUUUCCGAGAUGGAAAGUCAUUGAGGGAGGUCAGAGAGAAGAUAUCGAGUCAAUAUUUCAAAUCCUCAACGUGGAGUUUUACUGCCUCAACAGCGAUUGUUUCGACUUUGCGCUCAGUGACUUGUCGGACCAUGGCACUGAUAAAGUAUCAAGCGAACAUCCUUGCGCGGAUCUGAAGAAGCUUUUUAGUGAUGGUUCUUUUUACUACUCGAGGGAUUUUGACUUGUCCAAUACCUUACAAGAGCGGGGCCUGAAUAACGGCUUAGAUUAUGCCAUAGAUAAUCAAGAUCAAAAGUUUAUUUGGAACAGCAAUAUGAUAUCCGAGGUCACCCAGCUGCGCAACAGAAUUACAGCGUUAGAGAGAUCUCUGUUCGAUGGCGCACUCUUCUUAACAUUUGUCGUGAGGGGCUUUUGCAAGACAAUUUUGAUGGCGGACGUUGCAGCGCCUAUGACGCUUACAAUCAUAUCGAGGAUAUCUACUGAAAAUAAGGAGAACAUUUUCGAUUUACAGGGCAUAGAUAAACAAGGCCACGUCGCAAAUUUCAUCGAAAGCGAAGUGAUAUUUGCAAAUGAGAAAUACAUUUUUGCUUACGUGCAAACUAGCGGAAAUGUUCCUCUCAGCUGGGAGGUUUCGGAGGGUCAAAUAUUACAUGGUAAAAAAAUAAAGUUGGUGGAAGAUCCAGCUUGUUUUCAGGUAGCUUUUGAUAAGCACUUCGAUGCACUUGCCUCCAAGUAUGGUGUCGUAAGCGUGUUGAAUCUUGUAAAACCUAAAAGCGAAUCCCAAGAAAUUCUAAGCAACGCCUACCGGAAAUGCGCUGAUAACAAAGACGUCAGAUUGACCAAUGUUGAAUACGGUUCUGACAUUUUAAUCAAGCAGUCGCACAAACUAAUAUAUCUCCUUAAACAAGAUAUCUAUGAGUUUGGCGCGUUUGUUUACGACAUCUCCAAAGGAAUCUACGUCAGUACACAAACGGGUUGUUUACGCAUCAGUGCAUUCGAUUCAAUAGAAAGGCCUAAUCUCGUAGAGAAAUGCGUGAGUAGGGAAGUGAUAGAAGUCACAACCUCCGAGCUAGGUGGCCUUGAGAUCACAAGUAAUUUUCUAAGCACUCAUGACAAACUAUGGGACGACAACAAAUUCUGGCUUGGACGGCUGUAUCACGACAAUUUCAAAAACCUGAAUAAGUUUAAAAAGGUUUACUGGAAGCUUUUCAGUUCGAGCUGUCGGGUUAGUCUCUACGAUCCAUUACACGCUCACAUUUCUAAACUAAUGAGGAAAAUGAGGAAAGAAUUCACGUACCAGAAAAAUAUCAGUAUUUUUGCAGGUACUUUCAAUGUUAACGGCAGAAUGUAUCCCGACGAUAUAGGCUCCUGGCUAUUUCCUCCCUCAGUUGACAUGGGAAACUUGCCGGAUGUCUAUGUGCUUGGUUUCGAGGAAGUGGUUGAGCUAAGUCCAGGACAUAUGCUUUCCACUGACCCUUAUGCUAAACAGUUUUGGGAGAAAAAGAUUUUAGGAACACUUAAUAGCGUGGGAAACAAGAAGUUCAUUCAGGUUUGGGGCGGUCAGCUAGGCGGCGUACUUCUCCUUCUUUUUAUUAGCGAGUCAGAGUAUGGCAAGGUCAAGCAUUUGGAAGGCGAUGUUAAGAAAACAGGUUUUGGGGGAAUGAGCUCUAACAAGGGCGCAGUUGCUGUUAGCUUUACAUACUCGACAACCAAGUUUUGCUUGCUCGUGUCACAUCUUGCGGCUGGCCUUGAAAACGUCGAUCAGCGGCACCAUGACUAUAAGACCAUAGUGAAGAACAUCAGAUUUUCAAGAAACCUGACAAUUAAAGAUCAUGAUGUUGUUAUAUGGAUGGGAGACUUUAAUUACAGGAUCUCGCUGCCCAAUGAUGAAGUGCGUAGGCGCGUAUCUGGCAACGAUUACGAAGCGCUAUUUGAGAGGGACCAGCUAAACCAGCAAAUGAUAGCGGGUGAGUCCUUUCCUUAUUAUAAUGAGAUGGAGAUCAAGUUUCCACCGACUUAUAAGUUUGACCCUGGCACGAAAACGUAUGACACUAGCGAGAAACUGAGGAUUCCUGCAUGGACCGAUAGAAUAUUGAGUAGGGGCGACUCGGUGAGGCAAGCAAGCUACGGCUCUGCCGAAAAUAUAAUUUUUUCAGACCAUCGACCGGUGUUUGCUACAUUCAACUCUACCGUUAACGUUGUCGACGAGAAAUUGAAAGCUAAACUAGCUACUGAAAUCUAUGAAAGGCUUACAGAACAGCUUUCCGACCUCACAGACGAGGAGCGCUUUACUGUGCUUAACAGUGGGGAGCUAUUUCCGGAUAAAUCUGAGAGUGACGAACCAGUAGCGCCUGAGAUUAGAAAAGGCCGGAAGCUUCCGCCACCAAGCUCUGCGGCAAAGAAGUGGUGGAUAGGCAGCUCUAAACAGGUAAAGGUCCUAUUAGAUGUUGACCCCACGAAAUUCAUGAUAAACCCCAGUCGACCCGUCAACCCCUUUGUCACUGACGAGGAGCCUUUUUUUGUACGUAGAGAGUCAACAUAG